AUGGAAAGAGAAAUUGUGCCAACCAGCCUGCCUCAUGAGUAGGUGGAAACACGUGGCCAUGCCAUUAGCAUCCUGUGCUUCAGGACUUUCAUCUGUGACACCUACAUAGUCCCUGCUUGGGAACAGCAGGAUCAAGAGUGGCCUGGUGUUGGCACCUCUUCUGAUGAGCCACACACAAGAUUACUCCAGAACAGAAGGCGGCACAUAAAAGAGAAUCCAAGUCAGGUGCUGCAAACAGGUGACAUCUUGACUUUGAGCUCUUCAGAGGCAGCUAUUUUAAAAGAGCCGAUUUACUGA